AUGGAGCCACAGAGGUGCCGUCGGCCACUUCUAGGCCAGGGUUAUCUGCCGAGCACAAUUUGGGUUGUACGUCAUGCGGAACGUGAAGAUAACGUGAACAAGACGUGGCGUCAAUCGUCGUACGUUCGCCGUGGCCUGGCAAAAGAUAACUCACCGCUGUCAAUGCGAGGACGACGUGCGUUUCUUGACGUAAUUUUUGCGUGA